AACAUUGUUAACACCACUUGUCGUCUUGCACCUGUUGAAUCUCAGACGUCUCUGUCGGGUCGUGUUUCUGUUUCCUGCCCCUCUAUCAGAGGAAUCAGCAUUGGAUAUAAAUUGUUGGCAAGGGAAUUAUGGAAAAGAAUCGCUCUCCUAAAUCAUCUAAAGCAGACCUCGCCAGUUCUAGCGCUGGAGAAGGCGGGGUAUCCUCUGACGUACAGGACCAAAACCUUCCUCCGGCAUAUGGUGACAUCUUCUCCAAACCUUGGACCCCCAUCCCUAGUUCAUCCCAAAAAACUUGUUAUUCAUCUAAACAAGAUGACAGGAACUUGUGGGAGAAACUUCACGAAUGUUUUGAAAUGUCAAUUUGCCAGCAGAUUAUUUGGCUUCAGGUUUUGGUCUUUUCUAUACUUUACAUUGUGUUUGGGUUAAAAUACAGUGGCCAAUGCGUUAGCCAGGAGUUUGACAGCAAAGGAAAAGUCUGGCAUGAGGAAGAUUUGACCGUGUUCAUUCGGGCGGAAGGGGGCUUUCUGUGUGCAACCAUUCUCAUCGUCCUUCUAAUAAGGUUAAGGUUACUAGUGCAUCUUCGUCGAACUCAACGAAUAACCACGGCCGACUUACAGAUAGCAAAGCUAUGGGAUGGUCGCAUUGUUGUACUUUACUGUGGGGUCUACAUUGUUAACUUUGCACUCUGUGUUGCAGAGAAAUGGUUUAUACGACGUAAACUGCGUUGUUGGGUUAAACUUUUGGAUGCAGACCAGGAUGGCGUCAUCAGCCAAGAUGACAUGAAGAAAACAAAUGAAAAGUUAGAAGGACUACGUAAACUUUUUGGUGCAAGAAAAACAGCUUUAUCCGAUUCACAACAGGAGAAGUGGUGGAGUGAUCAUGUAUUUAAGUGUGGACCCGGGAAAGAUAUAUCCGUCCACCAGUUAGUAAGUUACAUGGAGGGGAUAAUGACUCAAGAUUCGUCUGCAGAACGCGCCAAAGUUGUCAGACCAAAAAUCAAGAAAUGGUUUAACAUUUUCACAACAGAAGAUUUCCUGAAGUUAAAGAUGAUUUUCAGCGAGGAAGAUUUUGUCAAAUUUUGGGCAGUGUUGGCGAAUAUUGAUGAGCGACACAGCAGAGAGAUGCUUAUUAAAUAUUUCCCUUCACCAUUAACACUGAAUGAUUUCCGGGAAGAUUUUGUGGCUUUUUUGUCAAACCCUGAAUUUCUUGAUGAGUACAGCAGCAGGAUUUUUAACAUUUUAAAGAACAAACCAGAUUGCAUGUGUUGCAAAGUUUAAGCUUAGACAAAUCGCUAGUCUUGUUUUAAGAAUUACGAUAAGCAUCUCCUGACUUUUGUCAACUGUUUUACUUGCUAAAUUAAUUAUGUAUUCGUCUUUCAGUUUGUUUGAAAGAAAUAGCAUAUGUAGCGUAAAUACUUGUUCCACGUUACGAACAAUACCUUUAAAAGUAAGGAAUUAAAAAUGUGUUGUCAACAACAAGUUUUUUUGUUUUAUUGGAGAUCAUUGUUUUUAUACCCAAUUAAUUUUUGUAAUUGGUUAUUUUGUGUUAUAUUGUUAGUCAAAUAAUACAAAUGAUUUACCCACCGCAGGCUGCUUGAAAAUUUUAUGAAUAAAUAAUCAUCAGAAGA